GGGGGGCGGCGGUGUAUCCCUCCGCGCAACAAAAGGUGAUGCGGCUCGGGACGCCAUCUUGGAUCUGUAGCAUUAGGGAUGCGAUUGUAGGUGGAGUAUGGUGCGGAGCAGCGAGAGAUCGUGACGUGAGCAGCGAUGGCUGACAAGCGGAAAUUGCAAGGAGAGAUAGAGCGCUGUCUAAAAAAGGUGUGCGAGGGCGUGGAGAUGUUUGAAGACAUCUGGCAGAAGAUUCAGACAUCUUGUCGGACUCCUGCUCACACGUCCGAGGUGCACAAUGCGGCCAACGCGAACCAGAAGGAGAAGUACGAGGCCGACCUCAAAAAGGAGAUCAAGAAACUGCAGAGGUUACGGGACCAAAUCAAGACAUGGGUGGCCUCCAAUGACAUCAAAGACAAGCGGCAGCUGUUGGAGAACCGGAAACUCAUAGAGACGCAAAUGGAGAGGUUUAAGGUGAUUGAGCGGGAGACGAAGACCAAGGCGUACUCCAAGGAAGGCCUAGGCCUUGCUGCCAAGGUGGACCCAGCUCAGCGGGAGAAGGAGGACAUUUGUCAGUGGCUGGCUAACACCAUUGACACACUCAACAUGCAGGUGGACCAAUUUGAAAGCGAGGUGGAGUCGAUAUCGGCACAGACGAGGAAGAAGAAAGCGGAGAAAGAGAAGCAGGACAGGCUAGAGGAGCUGAAGAGGCACAUUGAGAGGCACAGGCACCACAUACGAAUGCUAGAGACGCUCUUGCGGAUGCUGGACAACAGCACGAUAGACGUUGACUCCAUCAAGAAGAUUAAGGACGACGUGGAGUACUACGUCGAUUCCUCGCAAGACCCAGACUUCGAAGAGAACGAAUUCCUUUACGAUGACAUCGACAUGGAGGACAUCACGCAAGCGGCGUUGAUGGCGACAUCCCCUGGCAGUAACAGCAUCACGGAGGAGGACUCACUGCAGUUUAACAGCUCGCCAGCGUCAAGCCCCAGCAGCUCACCGCUCCCUGCCAGCCCCGGCGCCCUCUUAGCCAUGGAAAACCACGAUGAGGAGAAGAGGAGUAAGGACUGCGAGACGACGCAGUCACUACCGAAACUGUUGUGCGUGAAGGCGAACCACACAAACCACGCGCCGCCGUCGCCCGUUGCCAGCCACCCCGUGGCGUGCCGGGGCACGGCCAAGAAUGCGACGGCGCCCGGCACAGCGGGCAGAGGCUCGGCUCCUGCCCGGACCGUCAACUCUGCCAACUCCGCCGUUGUCGUUGCCGCCGCCGCCGCAAUGAACCACGUGGCACCGGCGCCGGCCACAUCGAACCAGGGCUACGUGGUGGUGGUGGCGGUGGGAGCGAGCGCCCCGUGCGGCACAGCCGGUGGCACCUCCCAGCCCCGGCCUCCCGGCUCCGCCGUGGCCAUGCCGAACACUCCCGCCAAACCGCCCAAUGGCAUCACGAGCUACAGCGCCGUGGUUGCGGAGGGAGGUAACCUGGAGCCAUCGCAGUCUGUGAACAACAACAACAGCAGCAGCAGCAGCAACAACAUCGGCAGCAGCAGCAGUAGCAUCAGCAGCAGCAGCGGCGGCGGCAGCAGCGGCACAAACAAUGGCGGCAGCGGCAGCAGCAGCAGCAGUAACGGCAGCGAACACACGCAGCUGCCCAGCGCGGCGCAACCUCCGCUGUCUACCGCCCCCUCACCCAGCACCGGCACCAGCGAGUACUCGUCGAGUUCAGGGCUGCCGAGGCCACCCAGCGGUAACGCCACCCUUCCCGCCACAAAUACCAGCAGCGGCGCCAGCAGCAGCAGCGGCAGCGGCGCCAGCAGCAGCGCCAGCAGUAGCGCCAGUGCCCCGUCACCGCCGGCCACCCCGGCGACUCCGGGCACCAUCAUCGCCACGGCCGCCGUGACGGUGACGGCGACGCUCACCGUCACCGUGACGCAGACGACGACGACGGCGUCGUUCCACGACGUUGGAGCGAGCGUCGCAGCGUCGCUGCCUGCGCUCAGCAACGGCCCGCUCGCUCACUCGCCUUGUGACGCCAAGAGCCCAAGCCCCGAGCGUCUGAGCUCGCCGAAGAGCUUGUCGGCGCACAUUGUGGUGAGCGCCGGCCUGGAGGAGCAGGUGCACUCGCUGCACCUCAACCACAGCGAGCUGCUGCUGGAGGAGGAGUUGGAGACGGCGCCGCCGGUGGUGGUGGUGGACGGCGAGGGCUCGGACGCGCCGUCCCCCGGCGUGGAGGUGGCGACGGUGGAGGCGAGGCUGCAGCCCGUGAUGGGCGUCUGCCCGCUGGCGCCCGUGCCCCUUGUCAAGGAGCUGCUGUACCAGCAGGCCAUGCUGGAGGCGGUGUGGCAUCACAUGCCGCACCCCUCCGACUCGGAGAGGCUCAGGCAUUACCUGCCCAGGAGUCCGUGCCCCAUACCCGUGUAUCACCAGCCCGCUCUGCCUGGCAGCUACGAUUCCCUCGACUUCUACCAGCGCCUUUCCACCGAAACCCUCUUUUUCAUCUUCUACUACCUGGAGGGCACCAAGGCGCAGUACUUGGCAGCCAAGGCCCUGAAGAAGCAGUCGUGGAGGUUCCACACCAAGUACAUGAUGUGGUUCCAGCGGCAUGAGGAGCCCAAGACCAUCACGGACGAGUACGAGCAGGGUACGUACAUUUACUUUGAUUACGAGAAGUGGGGCCAACGCAAGAAGGAAGGGUUCACCUUCGAGUAUCGCUACUUGGAGGACCGCGACCUGCAGUGAGAGGGCUCCCACGACCACCAGGAGCGAUGGUGGGGGGGGGGGGGGGGUGACUCCCUCGCUGGGCGGGUGGCGGUGGUGGUGGAGACACCGAGGGUUCAACUUGACCCUCAUCCCCUCCUCAACCCCCACCCAACCUCGGCUAACCCCCCCACCCUUCUGUUCUCCACCAGUGAACCGCCGCUCCCGCUCAAAAACAAAUCUUCGAAUUCCAAACCUCCAUCAUCCCAUAAAGGACAGUAAACCAAGGGUCUUGUAAAUCGUGUAUUUUGCAUCUUGAUUAUGCAUACGUUGUCGUAUGGCCAAGAGGGAGAGAAUUUUCCUGUGAUCAUGUACAGUAUUGGUUAUAAACUUAACGAUGUGCAAGCGUUCCGGAGCGCUUGUGAUACGAAAUAAAAAAAAGUCUUCUUUUUCA